GCUGUACACAUGGGACGAAGCCCUAGGGGUCCUUACAACAGAAGUCGUCUGCCGCGAAGCUCACACGCUUUCAAUGCGUCACGUAUACGAAGCAUCCAAGCCUAGCCCAUCUCUCCAGCUCGCACUACUAUGGAUCCUGGCCCCCCGCGACCCCAAUGAAGUACCUUCCGCACCGCCCCAACGCAAUAUGGAUGCUCACGAGCGUACACAUGCGUACAUACACCAGCUACACGUCUUUUGGGCGCAUUUGCUGCACUACGAGGAGUCACUGGCAGACUUCAGGAAAACGGUAGCGUUUCUGGUGGACACUAACACUAGUCAUGGAUCCACGAGGGAUGACGUGCCAGGUCCGGGAAUGCAGAUAUCAUAAGUCCCCAUGAAAAGCCGAUGAAGGGUCAACUGUUAUCUCCAGAUGUCUGCAGGGACGGCCUCUGAAAUGGGAGAACACUGGGAGAACGGAGCAU